AUGGAAUUGAAGGAAAUUUUGCUGCCACUAAUCACUGAAAGCCGAAGAAGAUUUGGAGAUAAUUCGUUGUUACUUGUGCUUGAUUCUGUUAAAAUUGGUAGUCAACGAAUGGAUCUGAAAGUGAAUCGGAAAUCAUUGCCGGAAUCAGCUGCUGGACUAAAUAAUUUAGAACUUACUGAAGUUUCAUCUGGAAAUAAAACAAUUCAAGGAUAUAUUGGGGAAAUACGUUAUUGGCAAACAAAAUUGUGCUGGAAUUUGGACGAAAUUUUAGUUCAUAUGUUAAAAGUUGAUAAUUUGCAUACAUUAUCUUCAAAGAUUUUGCAAAACGUCUCAAUAUGGAAAAGAAAAAAUGAUGAAUUUGCUAAAGAUGAACAAUUCGAAACAGUACUUUGCUUUAAUUUUAUCAAUGAUAAUGAAUGUUUUGUUUCGGAUGGUGAUACCCUGGCUUUUUUAGAAUAUUCAUUACAAGCGCAUUUUGGCAUUGCUUUGCAAAUACUGGUAGAAGAAAUCGAGCAAAUUGCGCUACCGGUAGCUAUUUUUAGACGGUUAUGGAUUGCAAUUACGGAAUAUAAAUUUAUCAAAAUAAGCAUUAAACUCUAUGAUUUCGAUAGAUUUGAAUGUGGUUAUGUUAGAGGAAUCCGUUUCAACAGUAGAUUUUCGGGAAGUGUUAGAAAUGCUCUGGAAGAACCAGCAGAACACAAAGCUUACGAAAAGAUCAAAAGAAACUUGGAAAAGGACGAACGCAAACUUAAUCAGUCUUAUCCAUAUGAAGCGAAAAGAAUAAACCGAACAAUUCAAAGUGCGCUAGAAACUGAUAUCACGAAUCCUUUUUAUAUUCAUGACCAAGCAAUGAUUAAUGUUUCAGAAUUUGUUACGGAUGUGAAAGAUAGACUAUCGAUUAUCAAUAAAAUCCGUAGAGUAGUAGAGACAAUAGUUGAAGCGCCAUGUUACGACGAUCAAGUAUCAUUUAUAUCACUUGGAUUUGAUUCUCUGAAAUUAGCAAAACUGGAGUUUAUUUUGAAAAGCGAAUUUAAUGGAAAAUUUUUGAUACCCUAUGGAAGCGCUUAUCGAUAUCCUACUAUUGAUGCUCUAAGUGAAUAUAUUCUGGAGAAUUCGAUCCAAGGAAAUAAUGUUUCUGAAAACAUGAAGAUGAUAAAUUUCCAAUUUCUUACGGAAAAAUUGACAAAGAUUAUCAGAAGCGGAGAACAUACUGAAAUACCAUUGAGUGCAGCGCAAAAACGAUUAAUUUUUCUUCAGCAUUUAGACCCUGAACGGAAACUAAAUUUCAUUGAAACUCUAAAAUUUAGUAUUAAAAGUUUAAAAAUCCAUCAAUUCAAAAAGGCAUUUAAUAGAGUGAUAGCAAGGCAUACGGCAUUGCGAACGAUUUAUACGGUAACAGGUCAAACAAUUUCAUCUCUCACAGAAGCAUAUUUCUCAAUUUGCGUACAAUCUAGAUAUGUAUUCAAAUUGUUUAAACCAAUCGAUCAAUUUGAUUUUUCCAUUCCAAUGAGAAUAUUUAUUACUGGCCAAGAAGAGAGCACGGAUAGCGGAAAAUCGAAAGAAAACAUGUUUGAUCGAAUUUAUCAAGAAAAAAAUCAAUGGAUCCCAAGAAAGAACCAAAUUACAAACACGUAUAAUAUGGAUAUCAAAAGUUCCAAUCUGAUUAUCAUUCAGAUGCAUCAUAUUAUGAUUGAUGGUUUUUCUAUAAAGCUAUUAACAAAUGAAUUGCGUUUACUUUAUUACGAAAAAAAUCCGCUCAAACCAGUUCAAUAUCAAUAUGGACAUUUUGUUCUUCUAGAAGAUCAACAGAGACAAGAUUCUGAAAGUCGAAAGUUACGUGAAGCUUUUUGGCAACAGCUUUUUCUCAAUGUUGUGCUGCAAACGCUGCCAGUAGACAAAACUGAACUUCAAUUCGGGAGAUAUUCAGGAUGUUGUUUACAAUUUAAUGUAGAUUCCAGAAUUCAGAAAUGUUUGCAGAACUUAGCUGUUUGGUGUUGUGUAACACAAUUUUCCAUUCUUAUCGCCAACUUUCAACUUCUACAGUAUAAAAGGCAUGGAUUCAAAGAUUCGUGUAUUGGAAUAAUAGUUGCGCAAAGGGAAACUUCUGAGCUAUGCAACAUUGUUGGUUGCUUAUUAAAUGUGGUACCAUUGAUCAACACGAUUGAUCCCAGCGAUCGAAUUCAUGAUUUUAUUACAAAAUCUUAUGAGCGUUUAAAUGAAAGUGUUCAAAAGCAACUGCAAUUCGAUGAUUUAAUAUCAGCAUUGUGUUUAGAACGUGAUUUAUCAAAUUCACCACUUUUUCAAGUUUUAUUUAUUUUAGACGAUAGCAGUGACAUUUCUAGCACUAACAAUCAUAAUGAUAUAAGUGGUGAUAAUAAUGAGGAAGACGAAAAUAUGAAACAAAUUAACAAAUAUUUCCAUAAUCAUGAUUCAAAUUUUGCACAAUACGAUCAGGUCUGGUAUUUUCAAUAUCAUAAAGAAGGUAUGACAAUAAAGAUUGAAUAUAACGGCAAUCGUUUCUACAAAAGUACUAUAGAAACAAUGGUACAGCAGUAUUUUGGACUUCUUUAUAAAAUGUCGCAAAAUUUGCAUAUUUUUGUUCAAGACAUAAAAAUGAUAUGUUCUAUGGAAGAAUUUGUGAGUUUUCGGCUAAGGUUUGAAAAUCGAUGUGAUUUUCCACAGAAAUGCACCGUUUUGGAUCUUAUCAAUGAGCAAAACAGUAUGAAUCCUUACUGUAAUAACGUUUUUCAAAGAGGAGUAUCAUUUUCGAGCAUAUUCUUACAACGGAUAAGUAAUCAAUUAUCAAGAUUUCUUACACAAAACUGGUUGCAAUUUCAUGGUGAAGAUAUGCGAAAUGAUAGUUUUAUUCUGCUAAUUUUUGAUCGAUCUGUUUCUCUUCUCCUAACACUUUUUGCUUUAUGGAAAUGUGGUAUUGGUGUAGCUCCUUUGAAUCCGGAAACUUCUUCAGAACAGCUGAAUAAUAUCCUUGCAAAAUUAAUUUAUCCAGCUGUCAUUUAUGAAUGCAAGCAAAAACAACAUAAUGUCAUAAAUCAUUGCGUUUUUGAGAGUGCUUCAAGAAAUUCCUGUGAUAUAUUAGUUCGGAAUUCAGAGAAGCAAAAUCUUGCAUUUGGAUGUGAUAUCAACAAAAUAAUUGCCUUAAUUUCUGGAUAUUCUGAUCAAGAGUUGAGAAAAAAAUUAACUCAACAUAACUUGGCCUACAUGACUUACACGUCUGGGAGCACCGGUAUACCAAAAGGAAUCUGCACCGAAUUUUAUGGACUUAACAACUUGCUGAUGAACUACGCGGAACUAUUAAGUAUUAAAUCGAGCAGUAUCAUCUAUCAAGUAGUAAAUCCAUCAUUUGACAUUUUUUUUGCAGAUAUUCUAGAAGCCCAAACAAGCGGAGCGACUAUACACUUUGCAAGUCAACAAAUACCAGAUUUACAGGAAAUGUCAAAGGUUACCCAUGCUUAUAUUAUGCCAGCUUAUUUAUCUGCCAUUCAGCUAGAACAAUUCAAAAAAUUGACAAAUCUGGAACAAAUUAAUUUCGGUGGUGAUUAUAUUCAAUAUAAAGUCUUACAAGAUGCUAUCCAAAUUGGACUUCACUUCCAUAAUCAAUAUGGCAUGACUGAACAUACCAUUUAUUCCACCUGUAAGUUAAUGAAAAUUUAUGAUAGAACUUCAUCGAUUGGAAAACCCCUUAGAAAUAUUCACUUUUUCAUAUGUGAUAAUGAUAAGAAUUUAUGUGAACAACGUAUUACUGGAAUUUGCCACACUUCGGGGCCAGGUAUUAGUCGCGGUUAUCAUGAUAAUGAGCAACUCAAUCAAAUAACAUUUCUCAACAAUCACAAUCUGACUCAACUUGAAUUGCUAUUAAAUUGCGAUAAGCGUUAUUUCUGUUCUGGUGACUUCGCCGAAAUAAAAAACGCGGUGGGUGAAUUACAUUUUCAUGGUCGUAGCGAUUUUCAAGUGAAAAUUCGAGGUAUGCAAGUUGAUAUUUCUGCAAUUGAAGCUAUUUUGGGAGGUCACCAUUUAGUUAAAGAAUGUAUUGUUUGUUUGCAAAGAAUAGAAACAAAAGAACUUCUAAUAGCUUAUAUCAUUUCUUCCAAUGAUAUUAUCAUGAUAAAGAAGGAUCAGGAAGAAAAAGAACUAAUGAUAAAAAAUUUAAAUGAGUACAUGAUGACAAAACUACCAACUUUCAUGAUUCCGAGUCAGUACGUGUUUAUUCAACAAUUCCCACUAAGUAUCAAUGGAAAAAUUGACCGUAAACUAUUGCCUAUACCGGAAAAACUUCGAAAUUCAAAAAUUCCUGUAAAAAUUAAUCAUCUUUUUGAAUCAUGGGAAAAACAAGUGAUGGAAAUAUUUGCUGAACUACUUCCAGGAAAAGCCAUUCAACUCGAUAAUUCAUUUUUUGAAGUAGGUGGUGAUUCAAUGAAAGCUUUAAUUGCAAUCCAAAACAUCAAACACGAGACCGGAAUGGACCUUCAACUUCAGGAUAUCUUUCAACUUGCAUCUUUUAGAGCUAUUUUAGAGCUCUUGAAAACGAGUUACCCGACAAGCGAUCAUAGAAAACUUGAAAAUUCAAUAAAAGUGGAAUUAGCAAAACCUAAAUCUAAUCCACUACAGUCCGGUAAAUUAACUAACGAUCAGUUAUUAAACACUGCUGAUAUAUUAUCUAAGAAUUCCGAUGAAUUGUUGGGCUCGAGAAAAAAGAUGCUCUGGAAUUCAAAGAAGAAGAGCGGAUUCUGGUUUGAUGGAAGUAUUCCAGUAAGUUUACAACAAGAAAGGCUUUUAUUUCUUUAUAGCUUUGGAAAAGAAUAUCGGGAAGGUUAUAAACUACAAUUUCUAAUCACAUUCUAUGGUCAUAUGAAGCUUAAAGCUUUGAAUACUGCUAUAAAUUACAUCAUGCGAAAGCAUCGACUUCUACGCACAAUGUUUCAUCAAAAAGCUGGAAAAGCAAUUCAGGAAGUGGCAUCUUUGAGUGAAUGCUACAUUGAAAUUCAUAAAAACAUACUUAAUCAUGAUGGAAGAAGAUUAAGAACAAGAUCAGAAUUACCAGAUUUAUACCAUACACCUUUGCUGGCAAUAAUUGUUUCCGGCAAUCUACAGCUUAUGCUAAUUCUCGAUCAUCUAAUUGUUGAUGGCUAUUCGAUCGCUAUACUCACUAAUGAUCUUGUGGAAUUUUACAAUGAACUUAUCAAUGGAGGCUGUGUUUCCUUUGAUAGCACUGAUGAAUGUAGUUAUGCUGACUUCUGCUUGAAACAACGAAGCGAGUUAGAAAAUUUUGAGAUUGAACUAAAAAGCGCUAAUUCUCGUUUGUCAACUGAUAGCGCAAUAGUAAGAGAUGAACUACAAAUGCAAGAAGAAUGGAAAAAUCUGAAAGGGAUGAUCCUAAAAUUGCAGAAUUUUCCACCAUUGUCAUUUCAAGGUGAUCUGUCCAAUGAAGAUUCUGAUAGGAGAAAUAAUGUAAUUAAAUUAAAAAUGCCUUUAGAUUUAUCUGCAAUUAAGCAUUUUUGUGUGGCAGAACAAUGCACAUUAUUUGCUUAUUUGUUAAGCAUAUUCUCCUUAACUGCCCGUAUUCAACAUGCUGAUCAAUAUCAACAGAAAGAUCGCUUUGCUGUUGUAACUUCUGCACUGAAUCGUACAUCCGAUACAAUAAGCUGCGUUGGAUUCUUUGUCAAUACAGUAAUUAUUCCAAUUGAUACUACUUUUCAAAGUGUUUCCGAAUUAAUUCACAAUCUUCAACAAAAUAUCGCCGAAGCUCUUCAAUUUCAACAUAUUCCUUUCAAUUACAUCAUUCAGAAGAUAAACCCAAAACGAAGCAAUACAGGUAGUACAGAAGCAUAUCAGAUUUCGUUUGUUGUUCAAAAUACCUCCACAAUAAAGUUAUUAAAAAUUGAAGGAGUUAAAAUAGUUGCCGAAGAGAUUAGUGCAAAAUAUUCAAAAUUCGAUCAAGCAUGGUAUUGUACCGAAUUUGAGGAUCAUAUUGAAAUGUCGGUGGAGUACAGAAUUGAAAAGUAUAGUGAUUUAAAGAUAAAACAUACCAUGGAAUUAUUUGCUCAAAUAGCUUCUCAAGUAUUGUCUAAUCGAUCUGCGAACGUGAAAGACAUUAUAGAAUCGUCUAAAUUAAUCAACGAUAGAAAACUAAUGAUCGAUAAUCCAGAAGACAUGGUUGAAGUUUCAAGCAUAAUCAGAAAGAAUUGGAUAUUAGAAGAAACCCUGCUUGGGAUCUGGAAGGAAGUAUUAGAAAGUCCAGAAGUUUCAAUUUUUGACAAUUUCUUUGCAAGAGGUGGUCAUUCUCUACUGAUUCCAACUAUUUGUUAUAAAAUAGAGCAGCAAAUCAGCUAUCGGUGUCUGCCACAAAUAAUUUUCAAAUAUCAAACGGUUAGCGAACUUGCGGAAUACAUAUGCAAAAAGCAAAAUUCGAUGAUAUUAAUUACAUCAAAUGAAAAGUCAAAAAUUCGUGUAUGUCCACUUCAGGAAUCUUUGGUCAAGAUGUAUUAUAAUGAAGCCACAAAAAUAAUGACACCCAUUUCUUUCAUCACUACUACUAUUACUAGUAAUGCUGCAGCUUUGAUAGCUGAUCUUAUCAAAGCUUAUCAGACGGGCUUUUCAAUAGCCUUAAAAUCUAUAAAUUUAUCAAAACUAAAACAUUCCCUUAAUCUAAUAAUCAUGCGUCAUUCUGCACUUCGUACAACAUUCUACUGCCAGAACAAUAUUUUUUUUCAAGAAAUUCAUUCUGGUACUGAAAUUUACAUUAUACCACGAGUGGCUAAUUUUGAGCAAGAAGUGCUGAAAAUACCGAAUCCUUUUUAUACAAUACCGAUUCUUUGCUGGUUGAUCGAUGGCAUCAAGCAAGAACUAUUUGAUGAUUUUCACUAUGAAUUUCACUUUAAAAUAAGUCACGUUAUUUGCGAUGGAAAGUCACUGUCUAUAAUAGCCAGAGAGCUUUAUAAUAACUAUUUCAAAGAUAUACAAAUCUCAAUGAAAGACGACAAUUUCAUUCAAUUCAGUAAGCGAAUUGAGCAGCGAUUCAAGGAACGUCGCGCUGAAAUACAAAAAUUUUGGUCUCAGACUCUGAAAGAUGCGGAAGGCGCAAAUCUUCAUUAUGAAAAAAAAAUUACUGUCGGUUCAAACAGUAAAAGAUGUAAAUAUUUUUGCAAAAAUUUCAAAAGUUUGAAUAGUUUGGUUAUGAGAGUAGCUAAGAAAUAUUGUUGCUCACCGUUUGUUGUACAGCUGGCUGCAUUCAGUAAGGUACUCUCAGGAAUAACAACAACUUCCAAGAUGGCGAUCUCAUGUCCAAUAGAUAUGCGUGAUUCUAAGGACCAACAGUGUGUCGGGAUGUGCAUCAAUGUUUUGCCAGUGGUAGUCAAUUUAAAUUAUAGGAACUAUCAGGAUCUAAUCCAUGAUGUUGCUAGGAGUUUAGCGGACGCUUACGUAAAUGCUGACAUUUCUAUUGAAGAAAUGGAAAAAUUAUGCGAAAAAUAUGGAAUUUCUAAUUUUACUGAUAUAAUGAUUGUUAACGACUAUGAAGAAUACUCCAGUCAUUGCCACCAGAUUUUAAAUGAUAAUUCUGAAUUUACGAAGUGUGUGUUGACGUUAUUUCUCACACAGAAUCGAGAAGAUAUUAUUGCGAAAAUUGAAUAUAAAUAUGAUCUCUUCCAUGACGAAUCAAUAAGUAUAAUACUCGACCAGUGGGCUAGAACGAUUCGUAGAAUGGAAAAAGUUAUUGUAAAAAGCGAUAAGAUGAAACAUGAAAAAAGAUGCAAAUGUCCCUGUAACAUUACCUUUGCUGGAGAAUAUUUGAGCGUAAAAAACAAUGCAGAAUUGGAUAUGAAAACAAAAGAAAGAAUAGUGUCAAAUGAAAGUGAAGAAUGUUUUGUAAGAAAUGAAGAUGAAAAAGUUCUCCAGAAAUGCGAUUAUCCAAUAUUCAGCUAUCAGCAUUUACUUCGAGAAGCCUUUGUGGUCAACGGCCGUUUAACAGCAAAGACAGCUGUAAUUGGAGAUAACGAAAGCAUUAAUUAUCAUACUCUAAUUAGAUCUAUUUAUCGAACCUCAAAAAUUAUACAAGAAAAGGUAGCACAAAUAACAGGUAGUACAUUGCGAGCUGAUACAGUGAUACCAGUUAUUGCUCGUAAUAGUAUCAAAACAUUAAUAACAUGCUUGGCAGUUAUUAUGGCUGGAGCUGCUUAUCUUCCUAUAGAUUCCACAAUUCCAGCCAAGCGAAUCUUAAAUAUUCUGGAGCAAAUGGGAGCCAAGUUCUAUGUUACUAUUGAUGAAGAAUUUCAAGAUUCAGUCAAUUUCUCAUUUCAAAAUGCAUCGCAAAUCAAUUUGAAUGAUAUAAAAUUUGAUAAAGAACUACUAAACUAUACAAUAUGUCUAAGAAACACGCUGAAUGACUUAGCUUAUGUGAUAUUUACAUCGGGAACUACUGGAAAGCCUAAAGGAGUAGCAAUUGGUCAACAUGGUCUUCUCAAUAUGGCCAUAGCAUGCACUCGAGAUUUCUGGAUGGAACCUGGGGAUUGUGUUUACCAGUUUACAAACUUUGCAUUCGAUAAUAGUGUUCUGGAAAUUAUGAUGGCGUUGAUCAAUGGUGGUGCUUUGCUUCUUCGAGAAGAUUUUUUCAUGACACGUAAAUUUUUGGAUGAAGUGAGGCGUGGAAGAAUUACUCAUGCUCUGUUAUUUCCUAGCUUGGUGGAUACCUUUACGGAUGAAGAGAUUGGGGAACUGAGACAUCUCAGAUAUUGGAUUGUUGGAGCGGAAAGUGCAAGCAGAAGAGUUUUAGAAUGUGCACUAAAAUCAGAUGUCAAUGUAAUUCAGAACUAUGGACCAACUGAAACGACAGCUUAUGCUUUGACCAAAAGAAUGAAACUAUUAGACAGACCGAAUAAUAUCGGUCGUGGAAUAAUAAAUGUUGUUACUAAGGUAAGAAAUUUCUGUGGAGAGAUUAUAGCAGGAAUGGGAGUAGGCGAAUUAUGCAUCACAGGGAUAGGGAUUACGAGAGGUUAUAUUGUUUCAAGUGAUGCAGCACCAGAAGAUACCGAGAAAGAAAAUGAAAAUAAAGUAAUCGGUGCUUGUCGUAGUUUUGGUACCAAGGAUAUGGUUCGAUUACAACCAAAUAACGACAUUCUUUUCCUUGAGCGAUACGAUAAGCAAAUAAAAAUUCGCGGAUAUCGUGUUGAUCUCGGUGAAAUUGAAACCAUUCUUUGUCAGUAUCCACAAGUCAAAUCUGCGAAAGUAAUUCCAAAAUUAAUAGGUGAACAACAUCAGCUUGUGGCUUUUGUCGUUUUGUCAGAUUUGGCAGAGAUCCGGUUCCAUCCCGAUACUGUACGUCAAUUCAUGCUAGAGCAUUUACCGUAUUAUAUGGUACCAACUCAAUAUCAUUAUCUAGAGCAAUAUCCACUUACCAAAAAUUCAAAAGUUGACCUUACGGCACUGGAAAUGUUAAAAGAUAUUGAAAGUGAUCAAUAUUUCAAACACAAAGAACCAGAAAACAAUAUUGAAUGGAAGUUGCUUGGAUUCUUCCGGAAAGUUCUUCAGGUUGAUAACAUCACAGUGAAUGAUGAUUUUUUUGCAGUUGGUGGAAAUUCAUUUUCGGCAGCGCGGCUGACCGAAUUAAUAGAAGCUAAUAUUGCAAAUUGUAUCGAUGUAAAUAUUGUUUUUCGCCAUCGAACAGUGAGGAGACUGUCACAGUACAUUUUGCACUCUCAUAAAGAGCCAAGUAGUGAGAGGAUUUAUGAGAUUCGAGACUUUUACGGGAACAAUAAAGUUUUCGAUGUUCAUAACAUUCGACUGAGCUUUCAGCAGCAACAAUUUCAAUUCUUAAAUGAAACGAAACAACGGAAAUAUUAUGAACUCAUAUUUAUACAGAAAUUUGAUGUACCAUUGAGCCUGCGACAUUUGAAAUUGUCUUUUCUGCGCUUAGUUUUGCGACAACAAUCGCUUCGAACAAUUUUUCCGGAACAAAACUACGAUGUGCGCCAAGAAAUACUUUCUGGGACAGAAACUUAUUUUUAUAGCAGUGCUCUACAGAGUAGCUCUUACACAAUAGGAACAGUAAUUCAUAAUGAUGAGAUAAUUGCGGAAAGGAUCAAAAUACUUCAAGAUGAGGAAAUGGAUCUCAAAUGUGAACCACCAGUUUUAUGCGCAAUUGAAGCAACCAGCAAUGCAUCUUAUGCUGUUAUUCUGAGGAUUAAUCAUAUCAUUAUUGAUGCAUGGUCAACAAAUCUUCUGGAAAAUGAUCUAAGAGAUCUCUAUCAAGAAAUUAUAAUAAACAAGCAAUUCGAUAGCAAUUCAAGAUUGCCAUUUACAUAUGCCGAAUAUUCCAUCGAACAGUUUGGACGAAAGCACUUUUUAGAAGAGUUAGCAGAUAAAUAUGCUGAUAAGAUUGUAAGAUGGAUUACAAACGACCCGAAUUACAAUAGCAUUUUAGAAAACUGGGAAACAGACGAAAAUAAAAUGAACCAGUUUGAUCGGAUGAAUCAGAACUUAGAUUCUGGAAUUAUUAGAAAAGCAGAGCAAUAUUCGAAAUGGAGAAAUUUUAGAAACUAUUCAGAAACAGAAUUUACUUUUGAAAUGAGAAAGAUUGAAAAAAUUUGCGAAUAUUUUGGAAUCACUCCUCUUGUAGCCUUUCUUAGUGCGUUCACUUCAUCUUUACAUGAAUUAUCUGGCACCAAUCAACUAAUUGUUAAUGUACCAGCCGCUAACCGCUCCUUCAAAACAAACAAUAUUAUAGGCAAUUUUCUCAACUUUUUACUGAUAAACAGUGCACACAUCGCUUUAAAGGAGUCUGAUAUUAUCACUACUGCUCCAAGAAACACCAUGGAUAGUUGCAUGGAUCAAACCAAAGUUGUCAUAUCUAAUCAGCAAACGGGAAGAAUCCUUUCUCCAAUUACAUACGCAAGACUUAUGAAGAAAUAUGUUGAAAAUAUUAAUGAAACAGUUAAUGAGAUUCGCCAAUUCGAGCAGGUGCCAUUUAUUGUACUUUUAAAAUUAAUCCGAAUUAAACUGAAAACGAUGAAAUUACCGGGUAAUGAAGUAGUGAAUCGUCUUCAUAAAACUGCAUUUUUUAAUUUUCGCUACAGAUUGGAAGAAAAUUGUGAAUCAGUACUAGGAAAAGGAGCAACUCAAGCGCCAAUGGAUUGUAUUCAUGAAAUUGAAGUUGAAAUAGACUGUGUGAAAAGCUAUUACUGUUGCAGAAUCAGAAUGAAAAAUCGCAGAAACAAUCGUAUCUUGGCAUUGUGUCAACGAAUGAUUUCUUUCUUACAACAAAUGUCAAUUAAUUCUAACAUUCAAGGAAUAGCAGACGAUAAAAUAGAAUUUAGAGAAAAUAGGCACAAAGUAAUUAAGAAACAUUUUCGUCAACCCUUUACGAAUAAUUAUAGAGGAAAUGUUGUUGAUUUGAAGUUAAGAAAAAUUUGGAGUGAAUGUUUGAAGAAAAAAUGGAUUGGAAACGAUGAUGAUUUCUUUCUGGAAGGAGGAACUUCAUUGCUUACUCUCAAAUUAAGACGUCUUAUUGAAUCAGAAUUGAAAAUUCAUGUAGAACUUGAAGAAAUAUUAACAUUCAGUGUAUUCACGGAGUUAAGCAGUUUACUGCAAAAGCGAUUUGUCAGCAGUAAUCAUUCUCUCCUAAAUAAGAGAAUCGGAUUUAUGAAUUCUGAAUCUGGAAAAAACAACGAUCUAAUAUCACAAAAAAGUGACCUUGUAGGAGAGAUAGAAAAUUUACAAACAUCCGAGAAUCGGACAACAGUUCGAUUGUUUCAUCAAAGCGAAUCAAAUAUUAAUGUCACAGUAAGUGGAAUAAUUGUUUUUUUUCACGCACUCGUCGGUGGCGUGACAUGGACGUAUGCACCAUUGAUACGGCAACUAAUAAGAAACCUAUCAGGUUCAUUUAGAAUAAUUGGUGUUGAACAUCCUGAUAGUUUUCGUCGAAGUUAUUUAAGGGAUCCCGAAUUUUAUCAAUCCAUUGAAUGUUUAUGUUCUAAAUAUAUACGCGAUUUGCAUAAUCAUUUAUGCAAAGUAAAAAUCCGCAUAUUUAUCGGUGCAUCAUUUGGUGCUAUUCUGGCUUAUCAAUGUGCUGUACAACUACAACGAGAAGGUAUUCAUAUAAAUGAUAUAAUAUCAAUUGAUGGAACGGCACAUUGGCGCAGUAACACAUCUUCGACAGAACUAUCGUCUUAUGAGGAGCAUCGACAGCAGAUCUGUAAAAUUGUAGAAUAUCAAACUGAUGGCAUGAAAAUCGACAGUGAAUUACUGGAAGCAAUAAUCGAAAAUGCAUGGGAGUUGCUGAAGAUGAUGCGUAUUUACAUCCCAAAUCGAAGUUCGGAAACUCUUCCUCGACUUCACGUAACUCUCCUAAAAUCACCUUCUCAAAACACUUCAGAAGAUGAGGAUGAUUAUGGCUGGAUGAACCUUUGCUCUAGAACUAUGGUAGACAUACCAUUUUCGCAUGAUACGAUGCUUCAUGACCGCAAUAUUGAUACAGUUGUUGAGAUCAUUUUACAAACUAUACAGAAGUUAAACAAACAAUGA